AUGUCCGCAUCUCUUAAUGCAACACUAUUCCACUCCAUGCGCAACGCUUCCAAUGUGUCAUAUACUGGAAGUUUCGCCAACCGGCAGAAUACCAUCUUUAUGGGAUAUCUAUACCUGAUGCUCACGGUAUACAGCUACGUAUCCAAUGCCGUGUUCCUAUUUAUUUAUGGCCGAACGCCCAGCCUGCAAUCGCCGUUUUCCGUCUACGUCGUCAGCCUGUCCGUGUGUGACCUUUGCAAAUCCCUGACCAAUAGCAUCUUGAAGGUCACGAAUAAUUUUCAGGCCCCCUGGCUUUUCGGUGACAUCUACUGCCUUCUAUCACAGUACUCCGCCGCGACGACCACAUCUAUAAUGAUGUACCUGCAAGUUCUCAUCAGCGUUAACCGGCUGUGGGCGGUGGCUUUUCCUAACAACUACCGCACGGCUCACAACAAGAAGGUGGCGGUGGGUUUAAUCAUGGCCGUUGUGGUGUUCAUCAAUGCGUGGGCGCUGCCUGAUUUUUUACUGGAUCUACAGAAAGAACGCAGUACCAAGCAGAUUGAAUUCUGUUCAUCAUCGUACGGAGUGGACCAAACACUUUAUGACUAUUUCUACGGUGCCAUCCUCCAUCUGCUGCCGCAGGCCAUCGUUAUUGUGCUCUACCCGUUUAUUUACUUCAAGGUCAAAGGGGUGCUGCAUAAACGAGCGAAGAUCGGCAUGGCCAAGGAAGGUCACUCCGUCGAAGCGAAUGGUGCUUCGCUGAUUAAACCGACCGAUACGAAUCCGACAACCGUCAGUGCCACGUCCGGUGAAGCCAAUGACCAGUCAAAGGUCACCACCGGACAAGAGUCCCAAAAACGAUCGGUAAAGCAGCCCAAGGCGAAGGAAUCGAAACAGCUGACCGGAACCCGGCAUUUCGGCGUCUUGACAACCCUUCUCAUCAGCGCUACGCUUUUGUGGACGCCUACACAUCUGGCUUAUAUCCUGAUGAUGACCGGCAAGUUUGUGAAUUAUAGCUUUCUGGGCGUGGCGAAUUUCCUUUUCGCGCUGGACGGAAGCAUGAAUCCGCUGCUGUGCGUUUUGGCAUCCAAGGAAUGGCGAUCAGCGACGAAGAAGGCGUUCCGUCGAAGCUGA